AUGUCGAUUUUUGUCGUUAACACCAGCGUGACCAAAGACAAAUUGUCGGAGGCUUUGCUGUCAGAAGCAACCAAAGAACUGACUAAAGUCAUGAGCAAGCCUGCACAGUUCAUUGCUGUACAUUUUCACGCGGAUCAAAUUAUUAUGAUUGGUGGAAAUGCAGACCCCUCUGCCAUCUGCUACUUCCAGAGCAUUGAAAAGCUCAGCUGUGAUGAGAUCAAGAAGUACUCUAAGAUGCUGUGUGGACUAGUCCACAAACAGCUGGGCAUUUCUCCUGAAAGGAUUUAUAUUAAUUUUGUGGACAUGGAUGCUUGCAAUGUGGCUUGCAACAACACCACUUUUGGCUGA